AACAUUUGCUGAAAACGACGAUUGUCUUUCCAGACGUUGAAACUUUUUUUAAACUUGAAGAAGAAGAAGGAAAAAAAAAAAAAAAAUCUGAAAGAGCACCGAAUCGGAACCAAAUUGCUAAAAAAGACCCAUUUCGGGAAAAAAAAAGGAGAAUUUUAGAGCCUAAAAAAAGCAUUGAUCUCGGUUUCUAUGUCCAUGCAAGCAAAGCUAAAACCCUAGAAUUCGUCUUCUGUUUGGUGAUUCUCAGUGUGUGAGAAAUUGAAGAUGGCGACAGAGAAUUCCCAAAUCUAUCAUGAGAGGCAACGAUUACAGUUCUGCCUUUUGCACUCCCUCAACAAUCUCUUUCAGCAAAAGGACGCGUUUACUCGAGCCAGCUUGAAUGAAAUUGCUGAGAAACUUGUUCUUGAUGAUCCAAGCAAGGUGAGCUGGACACCAUUAUCUGUGCUCUUUAAGCCUCAUUAUAAUGCAAUCACAGGAAAUUAUGACAUAAAUGUACUAAUGGUGGCAUUAGAAGGGAAAGGCAAGAGUGUAAUUUGGCAUGAUCGGCGUAACGGAUCAUCUUUGAUCAAUCUCGAUGAUGAUACUUUGAUGGGUAUUGUGCUUAAUGUUUCGGUUAUAAAGUAUGGUGGGCUUUGGAAAAGUAGGCAUUGGAUUACGUUGAAAAGGAUCGAUGGGGUUUGGUAUAAUUUGGAUAGUGAUCUUGUUGCUCCUGAGACUUAUAAAGAUGAUGAAGAAGUUAGGGAAUUCUUAGAUUGCAUCAUCAAUCAUGGUGGGGAGGUUUUGCUUGUCAUGAAUGAUACACAGUGAGCUUUGUUUGCUUUGGAAUUAAGUUCCUUGAUAGAACAUCUAAAUGUGUAUGUAUAUACCAUGUACUUGUUCCAAACAAGAUCUUCGGGCAGUUUAUAGAAGAAUUCAGUUUUACUUUUUAUGCAAUCUUAGUCUCUUUCAAAGCUUGGACUUCUUGAGGUAGGAAAUCAGUUCCUAAGGGGUCUGGCAGGUGGUGAUUAAGGAUGUUCUUAAUUGUUUCUUCAAUGAAUUGUUUUGUUCCCUAAGGUUUCUUAAUGGAUUGGAAUUCAGAAGUCA